AUGAAAUUGAAAUUCCGCUUGCUUUUCCUGUUAUUCAUAUUAGUUCUAUUUAUAUUUUCAUAUUUAUUGCUAUUAGUCAGUGAAGAAUUUCGAGAUACGCUUUUCGAUGAAGAAUAUGUGUAUGUUUGAAUCUCUAGCUAGAAAUUAAAAUUAUUUUUGAAAAUUUCAGAGAUCCUCGCCCACAAUCUCGAAUUUCGCCCAAACAAUCUCAUAAAUUAUGUGUAAUAAUUCCAUAUCGCGAUAGAUUUGAAGAACUCAAACAAUUUGCACCGUAUAUGAAAGAUUUCUUGGAUAAACAGAAAGUUGAACAUCAUUUGAUUGCUGUCAAUCAAACUGACGAUCUUCGGUUUAAUAGAGCAUCUUUAAUAAAUGUGAGUUUCAUUGAUUUUUUUCAAUUUCAAAAAAAAAACAUUCUUCAGAUAGGUUGGAAUGAAGCUGAUAGAUUAGGCUGUGAUUAUAUGGUUAUGAAUGAUGUGGAUUUGCUGCCAAUCAAUCCCGAAAUACCAUAUGGUUUUCCGGAAAUUGGAAUAAUUCGGCAUAUAACUUCGCCCGAAUAUCAUCCAAAAUAUCAUUAUCAAAAGUUUAUUGGAGGGAUUUUGAUGUUGACAAUGGCGGAUUAUAAGGAAUUGAAUGGAAUGUCGAAUAAAUAUUGGGGUUGGGGUUUGGAAGAUGAUGAAUUCUAUUUGAGGAUUAUGUGAGUUUUUUCUUCGAGUUUUCAGUUUGUUUUGCAAAAAUAAUUGUUUUUCUAGGGAAGCCAAACUAAAUCUGACUCGAGUUUCUGGUCUUUCAACAAACAGCACAAAUACUUUCCGCCAUAUUCAUGGACCAAAAAGAAAACGAGAUUAUUCGAAGAAAAGCGAUCAUAAACAAUGGCAAAUGAAAAGAAAACGAGAUAGAGUUUCGGGUUUGCGUGACAUCAAAUAUCAAAUUAUUAGAAGAGAUGUUAGAUAUUUUGGUGCUUGUCCAGUUGUUGUUGUUAAUGUUAGGCUACAAUGUGAUUUGAAAUGGACGCCUUAUUGUAAGCAAAAAUAA